GGCGGGCGGCCGGCCUUGGACCGGGAUGGCGGACCGGCGGCGCGCGUGGAACACGGAGGACGACCUGCCCGUGUACCUGGCGCGGCCGGGCAGCGCGGCGCAGACGCCGCGCCAGAAGUACGGCGGCAUGUUCGCCGCGGUGGAGGGCGCCUACGAGAACAAGACCAUCGACUUCGACGCGUACAGCGUGGGCCGCCGCGGCUCGGCGCGCACGCCGCGCAGUGCUGGCCGUCUGGACGCGGUCGGCCUGCCGGGGCCCGGCGGCAGCGAGGACACCGCCAGCGACGUGAGCGAGCCCUCGGGCUCGGCCGUCAGCUCUCCAGGCGAGCGCGACGAGCGGCCGCCCGCACUGCGUAUCCGCUGCCCCGCGCCCCGUGACCUGCCACUCGGCCGGGACAAUGGCCAGAGUGACCGACUCCUCAUCAAAGGUGGACGAAUCAUCAACGAUGACCAGUCCUUCUAUGCCGAUGUCUACCUGGAAGACGGACUUAUAAAACAAAUAGGAGAGAACUUAAUCGUUCCUGGGGGGGUGAAGACCAUCGAGGCCAAUGGACGGAUGGUUCUUCCUGGAGGCAUUGAUGUCAACACGUGCCUGCAGAAGCCCUCUCAGGGGAUGACCGCCGCUGAUGACUUCUUCCAAGGGACCAAGGCAGCGCUGGCCGGCGGGACCACGAUGAUCAUUGACCAUGUUGUGCCUGAACCCGGGUCCAGCCUGCUGACCUCCUUCGAGAAAUGGCAUGAAGCUGCUGACACCAAAUCGUGCUGCGACUACUCUCUCCAUGUGGACAUCACAAGCUGGCACGAUGGUGUCCGGGAGGAACUGGAGGUGCUGGUGCAGGACAAAGGCGUCAAUUCCUUCCAAGUCUACAUGGCCUAUAAGGACCUCUACCAAAUGUCGGACAGCCAGCUCUAUGAAGCCUUCACCUUCCUUAAGGGGCUGGGAGCUGUGAUCUUGGUCCACGCGGAAAAUGGAGAUUUGAUAGCUCAGGAACAAAAGCGGAUCUUGGAGAUGGGCAUCACAGGUCCUGAGGGCCAUGCUCUGAGCAGACCUGAAGAGCUGGAGGCCGAGGCGGUGUUCCGGGCAAUCACCAUCGCCGGCCGGAUCAACUGCCCCGUGUACAUCACCAAGGUGAUGAGCAAGAGCGCGGCCGACAUCAUCACACUGGCCAGGAAGAGAGAAGCACAUCUGGCCCCUCCCUGGAAGACAAGCUGGAAUGCUUGGGAAGCAGCGGGGCCCCUCGUGUUUGGAGAGCCCAUCGCUGCCAGCCUGGGGACGGAUGGCACCCAUUACUGGAGCAAGAACUGGGCCAAGGCGGCGGCCUUCGUGACCUCCCCUCCCCUGAGCCCGGACCCCACCACGUCCGACUACUUGACCUCACUGCUGGCCUGUGGAGACCUGCAGGUCACGGGCAGCGGCCACUGUCCCUACAGCACUGCUCAGAAGGCAGUGGGCAAGGAUAACUUCACUCUGAUCCCUGAGGGCAUCAAUGGGAUCGAGGAGCGGAUGACCGUCGUCUGGGACAAGGCAGUGGCCACUGGCAAAAUGGAUGAGAACCAGUUUGUCGCUGUCACCAGCACCAAUGCAGCCAAGAUCUUUAACCUGUACCCCAGAAAAGGGCGGAUUGCCGUGGGCUCGGACGCCGACGUGGUCAUCUGGGACCCCGACAAGGUGAAGACCAUAACAGCCAAGAGUCACAAGUCGGCUGUGGAGUACAACAUCUUUGAAGGCAUGGAGUGCCACGGCUCCCCGCUGGUGGUCAUCAGCCAGGGCAAGAUCGUCUUCGAGGACGGCAACAUUAACAUCAACAAGGGCGUGGGCCGCUUCAUCCCUCGGAAGCCCUUCCCCGAGUACCUGUAUCAGCGCGUCCGCAUCAGGAGCAAGGUUUCUGGGUUGCAAGGGGUUCCCAGGGGCAUGUAUGACGGUCCUGUGUACGAGGUGCCAGCUACACCCAAAUAUGCAACAACUCCUGCUCCUUCCGCCAAGUCCUCGCCUAACAAACACCAGCCUCCGCCCAUCAGAAACCUCCACCAGUCCAACUUCAGUUUAUCAGGUGCCCAGAUAGAUGACAACAACCCCAGGCGCACUGGCCACCGCAUCGUGGCGCCCCCUGGUGGCCGCUCCAACAUCACCAGCCUCGGUUGAAGGCGGACGCGUGGAUGAGCUAGAGUGAAGGAUUCUGGGAAUAAUGUCCAUGCCUCUCCCUGUCAGUGUUGUUGAAACCCAGUUUUAUUUGGUCCUGAUGGGGGGAAAAUUGAAUGAUGUUCUUUCCUUUUUUGUUUCGGAAGAAGUGGUACUAGUGUGGUGUGUUUGCUUGGAAAUUCCUUGCCCACAGUUGCGUGUUCACGCCCACUCCAUCUCAGAGCAUGGUGCCUUCAUUUCCCUCCUUAGUGGACACAGGUUCUAGCCUCGUCUUGUACUGUCCCUUCCACUCCCGACUCCCGGCUCCAUGACUCUCUGAGUGGUUCCUUUGCACCCUUGUAGCUGUUCUAGGAUAGUUGAUGCAUGUUACUAAAUUACGUAUGCAAGUCUGUGAGUGCGUCUGACGGACAUCGCCGAGGACAGAGGUAGACACGGUGUCAAGCCCUCAAGCCCUCAGGGGCAGUUCCAAAACUCUUAACGCGAAGAUGUUUACUCAUUGCCGCCACCCCAAGUCUACACUAGAAAGGAGCCUGCCCCCCCCACCCCCACUGAGAUCUGCUGUGAAUUCUCAGAGAGGCGGGGAGCCUUCUGCUGCUCUCAGAGAACCAUCAUCCAUGUCCCGUGUCAGAAACCCUGGUCUUCGUGGCACUUGUACCUCGCCAUGACGUCUUUCUGGUCUGUGUGUGUCCUUCCAGCCAGCUCCGGGCUCCAGGCCGAGCCAGGUUCACACUCAGAAAGGGGUCUCCCAUCCCCAUUCAGGGCUGAUGACAGUGGGGCACCGGCCGCUCCCGGGUUGCCCGAGUCCUGGUCCCUCCGAGGCGGUUGAUGGGGCAGUCACAUUUUUAAAGUUUUGUACAAAGUUUUCCUUUGUAAUCACCCCCAUUUUUACUUAACAACUGACUGACUGUGGCUCUUAUUUCUGAAUUCAAAGCUUGUGAAAAAAUAAAGAACAUAAAUGGC